AUGUUCUGGAAGCUUUCCCUGUCCUUGCUCCUGGGGGCUGUGCUGGUGAAGGAGGUGGAGGCCAGGAAGAGCCGGCCGGCGGGAGCCAUCCCCUCGCCUUACAAGGAGGGCAGCAGCAACAACUCGGAGAGAUGGCAGCACCAGAUCAAGGAGGUGCUGGCCUCCAGCCAGGAGGCCCUGGUGGUCACCGAGCGCAAGUACCUGAAGAGUGACUGGUGCAAGACGCAGCCGCUGCGGCAGACGGUGAGCGAGGACGGCUGUCGCAGCCGCACGGUGCUCAACCGCUUCUGCUACGGCCAGUGCAACUCCUUCUACAUCCCGCGCCACGUGAGGAAGGGGGAGGAGUCCUUCCAGUCCUGCGCCUUCUGCAAGCCCCAGCGCGUCGCCUCGGUCCUCGUGGAGCUCGAGUGCCCCGGGCUGGACCCCCCCUUCCGACUCAAAAAGAUCCAGAAGGUGAAGCAGUGCCGGUGCAUGUCGGUGAGCCUGAGCGACUCGGACAAGCAGUGA